GCAUGGAAUUAAAUUAGGCUAUUGAAUGUUUCCAGUUAUAUUAAAGAUGUGUGGCAGCCUGAGAAAACCCUUCACAUGGUCACAUUUUGACGUUUUCUACAACAUAUAAUUCUGACAAUUACUGAAAACUCCUGAACUCUGUUCAUGUAUCUCUUUUGUAUGUACCUCAACUACAGGGUGUCUCCAAAGUCCUCAUACAUGGGGAGAUUGUCACUUUUUAAAAUUUUAUUUAUUUAUUUAUUUAUUUUUUUACCAAAAUGUAACUUUAUUUACAAAACAUCCUCAACAUGAUUGCCAUUUCUUUGUAAACACACACAGCCAUCUCUCCCAACUUUGACUCUCAGUUUCGCAACAGUGACGUGUAUGAUGUGUUCACCAUGUCUUCGCCAUGUCCAUCACAAGUCCAUAACAACCUUGCCACAACCUCAGAUCGAGCCAUGAGAAUAUCAAUACGUUUUUCUUUUGUCAAAGACAUUCUUACAUGACUAUUUAGUUGAAGGUUAUCUGAAAUUUGGGAGACUUUUUGUUAAAAAGUGUUAAUUUCCCCUAUGUAUAGAGACUUUUGGGACACCCUGUAGAAUUAAAGUUACAGCAUUUUAAAUUCUGGUUACUCUCAACAGUGAAAAAGGACAAAAAAAAAAGCGUUUAAAAAUUUAAAGUUCAUUUCCACUGCUAGAAAAAAAAAAAGAUUUACUCAUGGAAAAACAUUUACUGCCAAUUUUUCGUUCUAAAUUUACCAUUGGAAAUUAACUCUCACUUUGAAUAUCAGCAUCAUUUGCAUCUGACUCUCUCAUCAUGUGAGGUAAAAGCCUCAUCGUCGUCUCUUCAUUCAACUGAUGGCUGUUCACACUAAGAUCAAUGAGGAAAUAACCGCAGAUUAAUUGUCAGUUUUGUACUGUUGGCUACAUUUCUUGUUAUUAAUGUCUUUUUAUUAGGUAAUUUAACAUUUUAAAACUUUGUCCGUUGUCAUCUUAACAGAGUGUGUAAGCGCGGUUCUCUGUUUCAAUGAGGUGAUGUUGCAGGAGCAUCACAGAAAUGUUAGUAGCCAAUAGCUGCGUAAACUGAAUUGAUUAGACUUCUGUUUAUUUUGAAAUGGGAGAAAUGUACACUUAUGACUAGCAAGGUUUUUGAGAUCUUUAGGCAGACUGACUGCAUGUCCAGCUGGGUUUGUAAAACUGGCUCCUUACCCGAUAUGAUCUUUGCAUGCAGACUCUAAGGCAAGGUUAGAAAUUAGCCUAAAUAAAAAAAAAAGUCCAUGUCAUUUAGUUAAAAUGUAUUUGCUUUCUUAAAAUGGGCAUUUCAAAGUAUGGUAUUCAUUUAAAAAAAAUGGUCAACCCUUAUUUUUUGUAUUUUAUUUUGUAUUUUUUUUUUUUUUUUUUUUUUUUGUGUGGCUGUUCCAGAAUUUAGUCGCAGCAAAUGUAUAAUGGGUUUUUCCAUACUGCUGCACAUACGGCCCCCUCCAAAACGACUGGAACUUCAAGGCCAAUUCAUUUGUUUUUACUGUAGAUUAAAGACAUUUGGGUUUGAGAUAAAAAGAUGAAAAUAUAUAGCUUAUAAUUUCAGCUUUUUUUUCCUGGUAAUUAUAUGUAGAGGUGUUAAAAGACAUGGCACAUUUUGAAUCAGAUCACCCAAUUUUUCAGUGAGCAAAAAUAUUGGAAUGUGACUGACAGGUGUCCCUUGUUACCCAGUUAUGUCCUGUUAAAGAGAUCUUGAACAUCUACUCAUGGUUUUAGCUUUUUAGUUUCACCUGUGAAGCAUUUGAUGCUAAAAAGGAUAAUCCAUCAUGAAGAUCAGAGAGCUGUCUAUGGGAGAAAAGCAAGACACUUGAUGGUGAGAAAAGAGGGAAACUUUGUAGAGGCAGUACAACAAUUUGGAAUGUCCUGAAAAAGACAGAGUCGCACAAACAAAUUAAUUGGCCUAGCCAUUUCAGUAGAUUCGGAGGGGACUGUAUUUGACUUACAUUUAGUCAAAAUUUAUUUGCGUUCUUAGAGUAGAAAUUUCAAAGUUGUGAGUUUUUUUUUGGGCUGUUCCAUAAUUUAGCAAACAUAUGAUGGGUUUUCCUAGACUGUGACACAUAUGUUGAAUAUUAUAAGUUUAUGUGCAGGGUUUUUGGGGAAAUUACUUCAGUUUUUCUGACUUUUAUUGUAAAAAAAAAAAAAAAAAAAAAAGAAAGAAAAAUGGUAUACUCUUGUUUCAAAAAAUUAUUUUGUUUUAUUGUUGCAUGUGAGCACAGCAGGAAGAUGCUUUGUGAUGUGCUGCUGUUAGCCGGUGAAGAGGAGAUUCCUGCCCAUAAAGUGGUGCUGGCUUCCUGUAGUCCCUACUUCUGCGCUAUGUUUACAGGGGAAAUGAGUGAAAGUAAGGCCACAUGUGUUGAGAUAAGGGACGUGGAUGGACAGACACUCAGGAAAUUGGUGGAUUAUAUUUAUACAGCGGAGAUCGAAGUAACGGAAGACAAUGUGCAGGUGCUGCUGCCGGCAGCCAGCUUACUGCAGCUAAUGGAGGUGAGACAGGUGUGUUGUGAGUUCUUGCAGGCCCAGCUCCAUCCCACCAACUGCCUGGGUAUCCGUGCGUUCGCUGACUUGCACACCUGCACUGAGUUGCUCAGCCAGUCCCAUGCCUACGCUGAGCAGCAUUUUACCGAGGUCAUGCUGGGAGAAGAGUUCAUGGGUCUUUCCCUGCAGCAGGUGUGCAGUCUCAUCUCCAGUGACAAGCUGACUGUGUCCACUGAAGAGAAGGUGUUUGAAGCUAUGAUUACAUGGAUAAAGCAUGAUAAGGAAGCACGCUUGGAGCACAUGCCAAAGCUUAUGGAGCAUGUUCGCCUGCCACUGUUAUCCAGAGAUUACUUGGUUCAGAUUGUAGAGGAGGAGGCCUUGAUAAAAAACAACAACACGUGUAAGGAUUUCCUUAUUGAAGCCAUGAAGUACCACCUGUUACCUGCAGACCAGCGGCACCUGAUAAAGACAGACAGGACUCGGCCACGCACGCCCGUCAGCCUGCCUAAGGUGAUGAUUGUGGUAGGUGGUCAGGCCCCUAAAGCCAUACGUAGUGUUGAGUGCUAUGAUUUCCAGGAGGAUCGCUGGUACCAGGUGGCUGAUCUGCCCUCGAGACGCUGCCGAGCAGGGGUGGUGUUUAUGGCUGGUAAGGUUUAUGCAGUGGGGGGUUUUAAUGGUUCUCUGCGAGUGAGGACAGUGGACGUGUACGAUGGUGUGAGGGAUCAGUGGAGUUCGGUUCCCAGCAUGCAGGAACGUCGCAGCACACUGGGAGCCGCCGUGCUGGGGGACCUGCUCUACGCUGUUGGGGGUUUUGAUGGCAGUACAGGUUUGGCCUCAGUGGAAGCGUACAACCCCAAGACUAAUGACUGGGUUUUUGUGGCUCCUAUGAACACUAGGAGAAGCAGUGUGGGGGUGGGAGUUGUGGACGGUAAACUGUAUGCAGUCGGUGGUUAUGAUGGUGCAUCUCGUCAGUGUCUCAACACUGUGGAAGAGUAUGAUCCAGUAACUAACAAAUGGGACUAUGUAGCUGACAUGAGCACCAGACGCAGUGGAGCAGGCGUAGGAGUGCUGAAUGGGCAGCUGUAUGCAGCAGGGGGACAUGAUGGUCCACUUGUGAGGAAGAGUGUAGAGGUGUUUGACCCUGCCACUAACACCUGGCAGCAGGUGUGUGAUAUGAACAUGUGCAGAAGGAAUGCAGGAGUGUGUGCUAUAAACGGCCUGCUGUAUGUUAUCGGUGGGGACGAUGGCUCGUGUAACCUGUCUUCUGUGGAGUUCUACAACCCUGCUACUGACAAGUGGAGUCUGAUUCCCACCAACAUGAGCAACGGACGCAGCUAUGCAGGGGUGUCGGUUAUCGACAAGCUGUUAUGACUAAGAGCUGCGGUGAGCAGGAGCUCGCUGACUGAAGUGAAGGGCCGAGGUAGACAUACAGUCAUUUAAAGCUACUCUGUGGAAGGAGUGUUUCUCUGCCCUGGUCACGCUGAGCCUGUGCUCACCAUAAUAGUGCGUAAAUCAUGCCAGAUUGACCGCUAAAAAGCCCUCGAAAUGUGCCAUCUGCUUCUGCUGAUUAUCAGAGGCCACAAAUCAUCAGUGAAAAUGGCCUGGCUGGAGCGGGCAGAGUUUAAAGGGCAAGCAGAAGGAAGUGAAGCGGUCAUUCAGCCUGGCACAGAUCUGCACAGCAGCAUUUAAACUGCAGGUACAGAGUGUACCAUCUCUCUGCUCUACUACUGAUUUAUAACACACCAUAAAGCCAUUUCUGUCAUCCAGGCAAAUUCCAAGGCUGAAAUGGGUCUGUGCUUUACAAUAUACAUCCUUCAUCCCAGCCUUCAGUCUCAACACCACUACUGCGAGCUCAAACAGCUUGUACCACUGAAUAUCAUCAGUUAAACUCUGAGCAGGACAAGGGUGUUAUUCAGAUCAUGUUCUCAAACUCUUACUCAUGUUCUCAUUUUUCAACUUAACAGGGUUUAUCAUGGACUAGAUGUACUGUAGAAGCAACUCUGCAAAGCAACUAGACAGAGUGUGGUUGUAGCCAGCUGCUUUUGUGCCAUAAAGUGUUUAAUAUUUUGCACAUCUGUGCUGGGGCACAGAGAAACAGGUCAUUAACACUAUAGUGAAACGUGUCAAAUGAAUGUCGAGACUCUGCAAAUAUACGCACUUUUAUCAGGCAGACCUGCCCACUAAUACACGGAGGUGCCAGGUUAUUAGGUGCACCAAACAUUUAGAUAUUCUAUCAUGUGAACCCGAGUGUUUAUAUAAAUAUCAUAUAUUACCAAGUAUGGAGCUAUGGAAACAUUCUGAAGAAUGUUGUAGGCGUAGACAGUAUUAUCUUAAAUACCUGAAAGAACUGAUCUGGUAGCUGUGGUUAUAAAUACUGAGUUGCCAGAGGUGCCAACAUGUACAGUUUAACUGUAGCGUUUCUCCAGCAUGCUAUGCCGAUAGAGGAGAUGCCAAAAAAUGUAACUUUUCUUAAAAAAAUUAUAUAAAAUUUUUUUAGCUAAAGCAGCAGGCAAACCAAACUCAAUAAAUUCACCCUGUUGAAAAAACAAUUCACCGAAGGAGAAAGGACCAGGUGAAUUUAACACCAGCUUUAUAUAGAUGAACUUUGACUUGUGAAUUCACAAACCUCAGUUUUGUAAGCCAAUAGAAAAUGAGAAGGCAGGGCUUAAGUGUCUGUUUAGUUAAAAAAAACAAAAAAACGAGGAGUUGCUUAUUAUUAGCUAGUGUUCACACCGGAUAUUUGCCGUGCAGUUUAUUGUUGCUUAUGCAUAAAUAUGCGUAUAUUUGGGGGGGAAAUUGCAACAAAAUAAAAUCGUCCACAUGAGUGUUUGGUAAAAUUCUGUUUUUAUUUUUCUGCCUGCCAGGAGUUUCUUGUUGGCACUUCUGCAUCUUCCAGACACUUUUGUAGGCACAGUCACCGACUGUCCUCAGCACAGUUUCAGUCGUUCUCAGCACAGCCAUAACACUGACAUGGUAGUGUGUGUUUGUUUUGUUGCUACUAGUGUAUCAGCAACAACUCUAUCACUGCUCCACUGUUCUGUCCAGCCGGAAGUGGUGCUGAGGUCAGAAACUGACGCCGAUGAUGGGGAGAGAACGAUGAACACACAUCGCGACCCGAUAAAACGGCCAAGACUGGUGCACCUAAUAUACAAAAUGUGGCAACUCGGUGUAAAUUUCUCACUGGGUUUACAACUCGUACAUGACCUGGGCGUUAGUUUCGGACUGAUGGAUCAUUCGUCCUCUGUAAACAGAUCGACUGAACAGCACUGGCUCUCUAAUGAUCAUGAUCUUGUACUGUAAGUAGAUUUAACAGAGCCAGUACAAUUUUCAGUGGCAAUAAAAUGUUCAUAUUUUGUAAAGAACUCUAAUUCAACACUAUUGCAAGCACAAUUUUGAACAGUUUGAAGUAUUAUUUCGACUCGUUCUCUUGAUGUAGGUUGGUUGGCCGUUUAACAUUUUUCUAACAGAUGUAUUUUAUAUAGGAAGAGGAUAGUCAGGAGAUUAAAUCCAAUAAAAGCAGUGCAGAUUUCAGUAAUAAGCUCCGAAGAACUUUCUCAACGGUGAGAGAGUAGUAUGUUUAAUGAGCAGGAAACGACAUUUUAUUCAGGUUUAGAGCCUGAUUACACAAGCAGUGGGUUAUUAUUUUUAUCGAAAGCAACUGACUCAUUAGCAGUAUUGUUUACCAGUAACUCAGAAUUUCUAAGAGAAACAGUAUUAAAAUGCAAGUCCUUACAUUUACAUUAACGUCCUGUGUGACUAUGCAGUUAAAGGUGCAGUGGUUUUUUGUUUGUUUGUUUUUUUUUCUUUCUUUUUCAACCUGUAAUAAUAACAUAGUUUCAAAGUUAGCUAAGAGAAACCGAAUCGUGAUAUUGCCAUGCAGUAGAACUCUGGACUUUCAGGUUUCUGUUUGAACACAGUUGCGCUGUCUGAGAAGGGGAAAACACAUCACUUUUCACUGCAAUUGCAUUUUGAUUUACAGGCAGCAGAGGGUGCUACAAGUUACCAACUUCCCCUUUGAUAUGGCUCAGAAAAGUGUUGAAUUAUUGCAACGCGUUCUGCUCGUGUCAGAAGUGAUGAUAACACCCAAAUGUUAAUGCAGUUCGUAUCAGUAUCUAUAUUAGCUGAAGCUCUGCAGUUGUGUAAACGAUGUUACAGCGUGUAAUCUGGUCUUUGGUCAUGUAUCCACAACAACUUUCUAAAACAGCAUCAUUAAAUGUUCUUUCCCCAAAGAAUUAUUUAAUCCACUUAUUGCCCCACAAUGAAAUGUAUAAAUAAUCAAAUAAUAGGUGUCAGGAGAGCUCUGACCAGCGGAGCGCUGCAGGCAUUUCAUCAGCAACAUGGAGUCAUCAGCGAAAUAAAUAAAAAAACGAGCAAUAUUACCAGGUCUGGAUUUUUAUUUAUUUAUUUUAAAAUUAUGAACUUUGCUGCAGGUUGAUUAUAUAUUUUUUGGCUGUUCUGGCUUGGAUCUUUUCCCAUACAUUAGAUGAGUUCAUAUCUGUUUAUUCCACAGCGCUGCUGAUUUCACAAUCAUGACUGAUCAGGUGUUGAUUCAUUUCCUAUAACAGCAACUGACAGUAGUGCUGAUUGCAAAGCAAAUCAUAGGUUUAUAUUAAUGCACACAUUUUAAUAAAUUGUUUCUAUAGUAACAAAUAACAAUGACUUAAAGUGGAGAUUUAAAAAUCAUAUGUAAUUGUGGAUAUGGUGAAGUUAAUUUUUAAUUGUUGAUGGAGUAUUUAGCAGUUUAGGAAAGAGUAAACAGUGUAAGCACUUUGUAACAGGUAACACUGUACAGUUUUCUGACACACAGGACUUGACAGUUUCUCCCUAAUAUGCUGAGUUAUUAUUUUUUUUAUUAACGUGAUAAGAGAGACGCUGUUUAUAGCUGCUAUAACAUAAGUGAUAAUAGGAUCUAACUUGUUUUGCGGGUAUUCCAUGACAUUAAAUGUAUCUAUAAAUAUUGAUAUGUUCUUUAAUAAAUACAAUUUUUAAUCAUUAGUAAUUUGCGAUGGUAUAAGGGGAAUAAAACACUUCAAAUAACAUAGUUAGUGGAAAAUAAACACGUUGGGGUGGUAACAGCGUCACACCACGUGGCUGUUGAUUGUUUUCCUAUAACAGCAUGCUUUAUUGUGUUUUAUUUCUUACAUAAUAGAGUAUAUUAAAAUUCACAUUCAAGUGGCCCUAAAAUCUGCAAAAAAUACACAUCACCAUGGAAACGGCCCACGCACCGUAAACGUCUCAGCCCGCACCAGCAUGUGAGAUUUGCUCGUGUACUGUGUACGUUAUUACAUGAAUGCGUCAGUGAAGAUCACAGCUAUUCUGUUUACAGCAAAAGCAACAAUAAUAGAUCGUUAUAGGACUUUUGUUGGAAAAAAUACCGUUUAGGGAAAUGGUGUGUUCUUUAAGCCACUUGGUUAAAAAUGAACUGUAUGAUAUGUUGCUUUCUAAUCUUUACAUUUACCAGUGAUGUAUGGAAUUUCAGAGGGACAUAUGUUUGUUUUUUUACUUGGUAAUUAAGGACUGUCAGUUGGCUUUGCAAAGUCAUUGUUAAUUACAGUUUAAAGUUUGUGAACAAAAAUGUGUCGUGCCAAAAUCCAUUCAUUACAUAAGCAUGUACAGUAAAGACAUAGUGAAAGAUGACAAUGUGAAAAUCUCUAGGCGUUUAUGCAAAAAAACAAAAACAUUCCUUAGUCGUUCAGUCUGUGCUGAAAGGCAUCACUGCUUAUGUUUGUUUUGUAGAUGUAGUGAAAACUCUUAGUUCUAAUCUUAGAAAAUAUACAUUUAGUCAAAUAAACUUACUGUUAAACACUUUUUGUGAACUGAACUGCUCGAGCUAAAUCACACCACUGUAUUAAAUAUAGGUGAGGAGUCAGUGAGUAGCAGAGGAAGACUUUAACUACACACAAACCAGAGAGAAAGAACAUCGCUGCGCCUUUUUCACUGGGUUGGAUUUCACUCCCUUUCUUUGUUGCUGCAUUUCAGUUACUUAUACAAACCGUAUUUAUUCCUGGAAGGCAGGUGACGAUUCUUCUCUGUAACUUUAAAAAAAAAAAAAAGAAUUUCUUACAAGCACAAUAUCUAAUAAAUAAAUAAAUAAAAAGCAAUGUGGUGUUAAAGCAAGUCUCUCCUUUUUAGGCAUGAAUGUCUCACAAGCUGUUUAUUAGAAAUGCACAGACUGGAUGCAGACGUCCUCUCAUUCCACUGAUGAAGACCUCGAUGCCUUGUUAUUGCUUCUUUUUCAUGGCACAAAAAUUUAAAUACAAACAUUUGCCAUGCAAACUCACUACUGACUCUUUUCUUUGUUUUUUUUUUUUUUUUUACAAAACAAGCAGACAUUUAGUUAAUACAGGAAACUACACUGUAAAGAUGGAUUUGUUGAAAGUGAAGGUUAAAAAAAAUGAGUACAAAAUAAUGCUCAUAAAAAAAAAGAAAGAUCUGCAUGUAACCAUUGCAAAGUGACACAGGGGCUUAACAUGCAUUAAAAAAACAUCCUUCAGAUACAAUUAGUGCUUAAAAUGUACAAGCAAAUUUGAACAAACAGUGGGCUGCAUUCUCAGAAUGCUGUGCAAAUAACAUUCACUAGCUCCUACACCCUUCGUAAAAACACCCCAUUCUCAUCUACUUUCACGAACAUGGAGUGACUCGAGAAAAAGCCGAGUGCGUCCGUUGACCUCUAUUUCUCAUCUAGUGCUUUUUUGGAGCAAGUGCGCUCCAACAAGUGCCCGUUGUUCCUGCACUUAAAGCCGAUACAUCAGCAGUGCCUUUCACUUCCGAGCUGCUUGAUCAAGCAUGAAAAGCAAAAUACAAGUAAAAGACAUCUAGAUAUACGUUUGAUGGUUUUAACUAUGAUAUACAACUGUUGUCAUGG